UUACCAACCACAUCCCUUUUUCUUUACAUCAAUCAUUCUUGAGCCUGAAUCUGUGGCUGUGGGAGGGUGUGUUUGUACGGGGCCUGGAACUUUAGUCAUCUCCCUCCAUUUAUUGUUCCCAUUGUUUGGUUUGCGCGCUAUGGUUGAAUAGAAGCAUUCCUCUCCCUGUGUUCGAAACACCCAUCAUGGCUUUCCAGAAUACCACGUCCAGCAUCGCUAUGGCCCUUGCUGGUAAGACCGCCUCGGUUGACAUCCCCAAGCCGCGUCCCGGCUUUCCUAUGGCUGGUCGCGACUCGACUCGCCCCGGAGCGCCUGCUUUGUUGCCCACACCGCCCAACUCUAUAUCGCCAACUUUGCCGCCUCAGGGCUUCAGACGAGAGGAUGUCGGUCAGUCGGGUUACUCUCCGCUUGCUUCCGCGCACGUGGACUCGGACGUCGACCUUGGAGAUGCUACGGCGAACUCCCUCGCUGCCCAUGAUUUCGAUAGCACCGGAGCUAUAACCCCUGGAAUGUUGGCCAAACACCAUCUUCCAGAGAUUAUGCUGCAGCAUGGACCCUUGGCCAUUCGCCACCUGAUGGGUUAUCUAACCUCUUCUGUUCCUGGCUUCUCGGGUGUUCCUCCGGCCAAAGCACGGAGACUGGUUGUGGCCGCACUGGAGGGUCGAGGGUUCGACGAGAAAAACGCUUUCGCUCAAAGCAAUGUGAUCUUCGAGAAGGUUGGAUGGGGUCGCUGGGAUGCACGGCGUCGUGGCGAACCGUUGCGCAGAGACUCGCAACGGAUGAACAUGUCGCCCCCCUCCAGUCCCUCGGACACGUUCUCCCAUCGGGGCAUGCAGAUUCCCACCACCAAGAGGGAUAGCCUGCAGCCAUAUGGCACCAGCGUAGCGGGUGAUUCCGCCGUGUUUUCCUAUUCAACCGAGAUGGAAUUUGGCCGUCCCGGAAUCAGCAUGUUGGAAGACGAGGCUGACAAGAUGUCUCUGGACGGCAACGAACGCGAGUACUGCUCAUCUUCUGAGGCCCCUGACGACGAAAUGCCAAUCGAGGAUUGGGGCGAAGAAGAUGUGACAGAUGAGGAGGAUUGGGCGCAGAUAGGGGCUGAUGCUCUUCGUGCACGAUCGCUCAACGCCUCGGGUGGUAUUGUCUACGGCAGCGGCAAGUCGCCUCAACUACGGGGAGGAGGGCCGGCAACCUCUUCGUUAGCAAAAUCCGCACCGCGCAAUUUUCCCAUUCAACAGCUUGGGUUCAAUCCCCCUGAUAAUGCCAUGAAUGAUGGGGAUGAGCGGGCUGCAGCAGCAGCUGCACUGUUACGGCUCGGAUCGAUGUGAUGUGGUUCGAUGGCCAGUCGCCACAGGCAAUCCUAGGGUACCGGUCUUUGCAUGACCUAUUUUGAGGCUGGACCAUUCCUUUCUUAGUACAUAUAUAUUUUGCUUUCGAUCUCCAUCUCUGGGGCCACCAGCAUGCUGCACGAACACCACCGGGU